AUGUUUUAUAAUAUUCCAAAAAUGUUGGAUAUCGUUGUAAAUGUAACAAUGUUUUAUGAUCGGAUUGUUGAAUAUAUGGCAACAUCUAGAAACUGUUCACAAAUAGAACCUGAAAUUAUUUUGGAAUAUGCUAAUUCCACAAGUCUUAAAUUAAACGAAAGAGCAGAGAAAGUUGAAAUUAAACAAUUAGAUGGAGUUAAAUUUACAAAUUUUCAAAUUGCCAAUAUUUACAAUCCAAAAGUUAGAUUCUCAUUUUCCAUAGUAGAAGAGAAAGUUUUUUCGAAUUUUGAUGUUAAAAUCAGAAUAGUGAAAGAGUAG